AAUAGCUAUUCCUACGGAUUGGUUCUCACUCACGGAACAGUUGGCUUAUAAGGUAGAAAAAUCGAUUCCUCGUCCAACCAAUUCGGCGUCUUGGAGGGCCUUUAAAACCCCGGCAUGUACAGUUUGCUACCGUAAUGCUCUUCCCCCACAUCUCCUGGAAAACGCUCCCUGCAGACCUCCUGCACCUUUGCUCCCAACUCUCUUCCACUGUUGCUCGAGGAAACCAGCGAUGGCAAUGCCCGGACUGCGCCACGACGGCCUCUGGACGCGAAGACCUCAACAAGCACAUGAAGAUACACGCCAAAGCUGCAGAGAAUUAUCUUGUUUGUUCCGAUUGCCCGGUCGUUCUUCUACAAGAAAGCAAUCUUGAUGGACACAAGCUCAGACACCACUCUGGGAACGAAAAGUACAAAUGCAAGGACUCUCCGGAUUGUAUUUGGGGCGGGAGUACCCAGGACGCUCUCACCGCCCAUCGGAGAAAGUACCACGGCAAGAUUUCACCUUACGGAGAUAGCGUUUCCAACGGGACUUCCUGCGAAAACGAACCCACGGUCGAUCCCUUACCUUCAUCGUGGCCAUACAACUUCGACACCCCAGCUAAUGAUCCCACUCCUGACGAAGCGUUCAUGGACAGGUCCACCGCUUCUGCGUCUAGCAAUGGAGUUACCCCAUCCGACGGUCCCACACAGGUCACUCCCAGGGACGAGGACAACUUCUUUUGGACUUCCCCCGCGCCAGGCUUCCAACACGGCGAUUUACGCUAUUCCCCAGAAGCCAAACAACUCUACCCCGCUGCCAACGCAGGACCUCUUGACGACGGUCUCAACUCUAUACCGCCUCCGGGAAGAAAAUUGGAGGGUUUUGGUAUAGGCACGGGCCCGUUCAUCAACACCGAUCCCCUUCGACUGAUGACAGAUGCGAUGGCGGGUAUGAACGCGUUGAACAGGCUGGUCCCUGCCGAAGCGCCCGUUGGUCUCUGUUUCGAGGAACUGCCCAUCGACACGACUUCCCACACGUUCCUUACGUCCUCAUCUUGGGACGGGACAGACUUUGGAACGGUGUAGUGGACAGUUGGAUGUGGAUCGUUUGGAUGUUCUGGAUUAGGACCGAGGAUCUCUGCUUCCUCGAUGUGGACGUCGAAGGGUUCCU